GGGUUAGGAGGUGCAGAAAGAGAAAGAGAAAGAGAAAGAGAAAGAGAAAUGACAAAAAGGCAAUGUUCUUUUUUCUGUGUAGUAGCUUGUAGCUAACUUACUUAGGUUCACUCAGCACUCUGCACUCUCUUUUCCAUCUUUUUUCUGUUACAGAUUCCACACUAACCACUAACCACCUUCAAAAUUAAAAUCUUCAUUCCCAAAUGGCAGAGGAAGAGGACCAACCACCGCCACUACUUAGACAAGACGAGGAACGUCGUAAUAUGAAGAAGCUCAUCUCAAUCUACAUGGGCCUGGGCCUGGGCCUAUUCCUGGCCCAACUCCCCAAGAACACUGUCUCCCUCGUUCACAAGCUCCAAGCAGACCUCAGAGAAAUGCGGUGGAGGAGGCAAGAAGACUCCAAAGCCAACGCUAGAGUCGUCGAGAUCUUCGCCUCUCACCGCAACGCGUGGCAGCAAGAGGAGAAGCGACUCCUUCGCCAGAUCGACGCCGCCGCCGAUGAAAUCUCACGCCUCCGCGGAACCCUCACCGAGCUCCAGAAAGAGAGGGACGAGGUAAUGAGCUUCAUGUCGAGGUCGAGGGUCAGAAAUGGGGAGAAGGUUGAGGCGGAGGAGAGGUUCGGUGGGUGCGGGAGCAGGGAGAGUUACGGUGUGGUCGCGGGGAAUAGUAGAGAGUGGUUCAAGAAAGAGGAAGAGGAGGAGGAGGAGGAAGAAGAAGAAGAAGAAGAAGAGAGUGUGGUGGAGGAAGAUGAAGUUGUUAGUUAUGCGCAUGAGAAUGAACAUGCAUCGCAUCAUGGACAUGGUGGUGGGUUUAUGGAGUUUCUUGGAAAUGGUUUUGAUUCUGAGUUUAUGGCUUCUGCAUCUUCCAAAUUCUGGGCGGAAAAAGCUUCCCUUUUCCAGGAUGUACAGUAUGAAUCCCUUGAAUCUAUGUACAAUACCAAGCAUUUUGUGGCAAGAAGGGAGUCCCCUUGGAAGGUAGAAGGUGAUUCUGCGGGAGUGACCUCUAAACUCAAAUUACUUGAACAGGAAUUAUUGAAUUUGGAGAAGAUCAGUAAGAGUGAUCUAUCCAAAGUGUCGUCCUUAAUAAAGAAGCAGACCAAGAGAUAUCAAGUGCUUUCAGAAAAGAUUGAUGAUUUAUGCAGGAGAAUACAGGGUAGUGAUCCCUCCGAACCCUCCCUCAGUUCAGAAUUUCGAGCACAAACCCAAACGGAGUUCUUACUUGAAGCAUUUCGGCUUCAGCAGGGCGCAUCUGAAACCGGACAGAAACUGAUGGGUUUGCAAACUGAAAUUGGGAAGAGCCAUUACAGGGACGAGCUAAGGAGCGAGACCAUGCCAACUGCAAGGCGGUCGCUGGACUCGAUCAGGAACAACUUGAAAGAGAUCCAGCGGAAUUUGGAGAUAUGGUUGGCCAGAAUCAUUGGUGAUCUUGAGGGGAUUCUGGCAAGGGAUGGUGCAUCACGUGUAAGAGAAUAUUACAUUUCUAGAUACCCUUUUGUUCAAUAGAGUCUUAAGUGACUUUUAGGAAGCCUCACCUCACCACUCUAAAUCUAACCAAAUUAUCUUAUUUUGCUAUGUAUAUGUUUCAAUGCAUAAAAGUGGUAGCUGGAUAUCCCUGUAAAAUGAAAUCAUGCCAGAUCUACUUAUUUUGGUAUGUUAAUUAUUCUCCUUUCUUUUCCCCCCCAUUGAGGACAUCCAUCUUAAAUGCAAGCCCAAUUUG